UCGAGUGAAGACUGUCGAAGUUGUGCUCUUGAAGUGAAGUGUCACAUUGGUGUUUAUUUGUCUUAGGUUAUUAUUCUCUAUAAUCAUUAUAUAACCUCUUAACCGGAAGAUGAAGCGAUGAAGUUUGCGCUGGAGAACAAUUAUCCUACAGCCAUGAUAAGGAUGUGCGGGUGCCGGCGACGAGGGCGAUGGAUGAGCGUGGGACUCCUGGCGGCCUCCCUCUGCCUCCUCGUCUUCCUCAUAAGGGAUCCGAGAGUCUCCUUCGAUGAAAACUCUGACGUCAUGAUCCCUCUCAAAUCCAAACACAAGAACCAAGAGGAGUACAUCGACAAGCGCGGCAUCCACGUGGUGGUCGGGCACUACAUGGGCGAGGACACGCCCGGCAAGACGGCGCCGAAUCUGACCGAUGAAAUCCUCAACACCAACGGCUACAAUCCCCACGUUGGCGCCGGAGAGAACGGGGAUCCAGUCCAGAUCCCCAACUGGGAGAUGGGGAAGAUGCAGAGGCUGUAUCACAUCAACAAGUUUAACCUCUUGGCCUCUGACAGGAUUUCUGUGAAUAGGUCGCUCCCUGACGUCAGGAAAAAGAGGUGCCACGACACGUCCUUCGACAUCGACGCCCUCCCGACGACCUCCGUGGUCAUCGUCUUCCACAACGAGGCCUGGUCGACCCUCCUGAGGACCGUCCACUCCGUCAUCGCUCGCUCGCCGAGGCAGCUCCUGAGGGAGAUUCUGCUCGUGGACGACGCCUCCGAAAGGACGUUUCUCAAGGAGCCCCUCGAGGAGUACGUGUCCAAGCUCCCUGUGGCCGUCCGCGUGAUCCGGUCUCCCAAGAGGACGGGGCUGAUCAGGGCGCGACUCCUGGGGGCGCAGGAGGCCAAGGGGGAGGUCCUCACUUUCCUGGACGCCCAUUGCGAGGCCACUAUAGGCUGGUUGGAACCCCUGCUAUCAAGAAUCGCGGAAGAUAACAAGCGAGUAGUGUGCCCCAUAAUUGACAUCAUUCAUGAAGACACCUUCCAGUACGUCAAGUCUUUUGAGCUCCACUGGGGGGCCUUCAACUGGAACCUCCAUUUCCGCUGGUACACCCUCGGGCAAAAGGAACUUGAUCAGAGGAAGAGAGAUAUUACGGAGGCUUAUAGGACCCCAGCCAUGGCCGGAGGGCUGUUCAGCAUCCACAAGGACUACUUCUACAGGAUUGGUGCUUACGACCGCAAUAUGGAUGUCUGGGGCGGAGAGAACCUCGAAAUGUCAUUCAGGGUUUGGAUGUGUGGCGGUUCGAUUGAGAUCGCCCCCUGCAGCCACGUCGGCCAUGUAUUCAGGAAGAGCUCCCCCUAUACGUUCCCUGGGGAAGGGGGGGUAGGGGGCGUCCUCUACAGGAAUCUUGCACGCGUUGCUCUGGUCUGGCUUGAUGACUGGGCUGAGUUUUACUUCAAAAUCAAUGCAGAGGCUGCAAAAGUCCGAGAUGAUGUUGUUGUGAAAGACCGAGUCAUGCUUCGAGACCGUCUUAGUUGCCACACUUUUGAGUGGUAUUUACAGAAUAUCUGGCCAGAGAAUUUUUUCCCUGCAAAAGAUAGAUUUGUGGGCAAGAUCCGCCAUGACUCUUUGGGCAAAUGUCUCCAGCGGCCAAUGGGUAAAGGGGGCUCGAGCCAACCCACGGGCACAGCUGUCUUGCAUGAGUGCGUCUAUGAGGUCUACCCAUCGCAGAUCUUCGUAUUCAGUAAGAAAGGUAAAGACAGAGAAUCUUGUAUGGAAUCUUGUACCUGUCAGCCAAUCACCUCGAGCUGCCAGUCUGGCUCUCUGUCUAAGGUGUCCCAGUUGUCUCUGAAUAUAAGUGUGCAGCACAAGCAGACCGGCUGGUGCCUCGACCUCCCUUCCAAGAGCAACCCAGACACGCUCUCCCUCAGCAAGUGUGACUCGUACAGCGCGUCGCAGAAGUGGAACUUCGAGCACUUGGCGGCCCCAGAUUAUGCAAGUAACAGGUCUCAUGCCAGUCUAACCAACGCCCUCAAAGUCCUAGAUCGUGAUCUUAGUCUUGGAAACCUCUUGGCCCAAGGGCUUCGCCUUAUUGCUAAAUACAUCAAGAGGUGCCACAAGAGAUUCCAGAGACUCAGAUACGAUAGUAACAUUAUUAGCAAAGUCAAGAUCUGUGACUUUGAUAUUGCCCAGUGUUGCUCCACGCUGACUAUGGUUACUAGCUCUGCCCAUUAUCCAACCCAUGCAGGUCACUGCCUUCUUGAGGUCGGUGUAGACUGCGAGCAACCCACGACCGAAUUCAUGACGGCGUUCCACGGUCAGAGACUGCCGUGGUGA